CAUACAACAAACUCUAUCACAUGGCCUACUGCACAGGCCGGCUAUAAAACAAAGUGCAGCGCGAUGCGCUAUCAGUCGACAGUCAGCUGUUAAGGUUGCUCGAUCGCUAGAGCUUUGAAAUCCGGUGCCGCUUUCAUUUGUUUCUUUCGUUGACGCGAUUUUCUGUAAGUUUUUUUCGACUUUUUGAUUGGACGAGAUGGCCACAUACGCUACAUACAGACACAUCGAGCUCGACAAAGUUGGAUAUGGAAAGAAAAGGGUUUCCAACCAAAGCAGUGAAAUCUUCAAUGUGCUAUGUACCCCUCCAAGUAACAAAACAAACGGCCAUAUUACACCAAGAAGAUCUCUACAAAGUAACGAUUCCUUCAACAAAUUAUUUGGCUCACCCGAAAACAAGAGACCUCACCCCAGAAGAGGAUCCUUGACUAAACAAGAUGUAAACAACCGCAAUCCAGUAACAGGAAAUGGAGUAAUGUCUUUCGACUGCAAAAUAUCCAAAACUUCAAAAAUUUACACAGAACGCAAUCCAGUAACCGGAGAAACCUACACAAUCGUCUCACCCGCUACUACCCCCACCAAACCCAUGACAAACGGAUUCACAAACGGCACAUCCACCCCUUCGCUGAACGGAAAUUCGACUCCCUUGACGAACGGAAAUGCACACUCUCUGACCAACGGAAAUGGAAUCCAUACACCUAACGGAAACGUGUAAAUUCGAAAAAUCCUUCUUAAAAAAACAAGGAAUCCUUUAGUAUUCAUUUCCGAUGGAAACUUGAGUAUUCUUUGCUUCAAUUUCUCCACGGCAUGUACUGAAAAGUAUCAGCUUUUAUUAAAAAAAUGUUUAAACAGGGUUUAUAAUUUAGUUCAGAUUUAAAAAAGACGAUUAAAUAUAAUAGAAACUGUUUUGAGUAAUGUUAGUUUUAAAAUACUUCUGAUCGAUAGUUUUCUUGGCAGAAAACAUUUGAAAGAAAGAUGUUGUUAUAAAGGAGCUAGAUUACAACUAAACUCUCAACAUAAAGAACGAUUACAUUCAAAACUCCUUUUUUGUCUAUGUGGAAUAUUGUGACUGAAUAGAUAAUAAAGAAUUAUUUAUAAAAAGAACAACAAAAACGUUAAUAGAACUUCUUAAAACAACAAAAUAAAUCUAUAUGCCAACACAUAUGAAACAACAGUGAGUGGCUUAGGUAUAUCUCUUAACAGAAUUUCUUGACAGUUGACACCAAAACUUGUCACUUGUCACGCAAGGAGCUGAUUGUUAACUUGUAGCUGUUAGCAACCAACAAUUAUCUGGAAGGUACAGUCAAGUACUUUAAUAUACCACCUUUCCUUUUUAUCGUCCAAUUGCAACUAAAAAUGAAUUUGAAUAGAUGUGAAAACAUCAACAAACAUGUAUUUACUUAUGCGAUUUCGACCAAUACUUUUCAGUACAUGCUCUAAACUUUACCAAAACAACAUUCAUGUAUUAACUUAUCACUUCCUUCAUAUUGCAUUUAACUUGUUUUCAUUCGUCUUGUUAGUAAAUAAUAAUACAUUUUCAUGAUUUUAAUUUGUAUGUUGUAUUAGUUCCGUACAACUUUAAUUUGGUGAUUAACGAAACAAGCAAACACCUACGAAACUGUAGACGCAGAAUAAAAAUAUUCUGUAGUGUAGGUUCAUGAUUAUCCUUGUAGCUGUCAAAUGUUAUCUUGACAACACAAUAACUGUCAUACUGCAUGCCACAUGUCAUUACUAGUCUACCACGGAGCAAUAACACUUUGUCACGGAAGCAACAAUUAAUAUAUAGGGCUUUUCAUCGAUUGUCAUUUGUUUCAAGCUUCUGUCAUGUGUCACAUAAUAUUAAUAUAUCUACGUCGUACGUCUUUGGUUUGUAUCAUUGGAUAUAUCAAUAACGUAUGACGUAGAUAUAUUAAUAUUUAGUGACACAUGACAGAAGCUCGAAACAAAUGACUGUGAAUGAAAAGCCCUAUUGUAAAGGUAGUUAACUUUCUGAUUGUUGUUCACCCAACUUAAACUAGAACUUUGUUAAUGCCAAAUUAAAUGUCUGUAGUGGCGUUUUCCUUGGCUUAUUAUAACGGUAAACCAAUUAGUAUUCCGAACCAAAUUAGCAAUUUUUAGAAACUUUAAUAUAUAGGUUACAUAUUAUAUAUUAUAAGGUUGAAAAAUGUACUAUUGAAGCACUAAUAAAUAAUGAACAAGUAUUUAUGAAGUGCGCAUGCCUUUAGAUAGUUCUCUUUGAUCCUAAUUCUUAAGCAUAUUAUCGUUUUUGUUAACUUUUAAUUUAUGUAUAAUUUUAGUGUAUUUCUCAUCAUGUUUAUAAUUAUUUAGACGAUAUAUCUAGUGUUGAGUUUAUAUAAUCUAGGAAAUAUAGACGUUUUAUACCUAA